UAGCUGCCCCCGCCCGCUGCUGCUGCUGCUGGUAUCCAGCGGAGCCCAACCACCUUGCUUGCUUCCCCGUCGAGGCCGCCCUCGGCUCCUCCCGCCGCCGCCCCGCCCCGCGAGAAGCUUCCGGAAGGUCCGGCGAGGAGUGUCCGGCCCCUCGAUCGCAAUGCCGGAGGACAAGGAGUACGCGCCCGUGCCGCUCGGCCAGGCGUCUGCGGAGGCGGCGGCGCCCGACCCCGAGGACCCCGUCAAGUCGCCGCCGCGGCCCAGCUCGCCCGCCACGUCCACGCGCAAGGCAUGCUUUGCUGUUCUUCAAAGCUGGGUGUCAAGAAAAUUUAUGACCGGAUGUGUAGUUCUAUUCCCAAUUGCUGUCACGUUCUUCAUCACUUGGUGGUUUAUUCAAUUUGUUGAUGGUUUUUUCAGCCCACUCUACGCAAAACUUGGGUUUGACAUAUUUGGCCUUGGGUUCUUGACCUCCCUGGUGUUUAUACUUCUUGUUGGAAUAUUUGUGUCCUCUUGGGUGGGUUCAACUGUCUUCUGGAUUGGAGAAUGGUUUAUAAAGAAAAUGCCAUUUGUAAGGCACAUAUACUCAGCGUCAAAGCAAGUUAGCACUGCUGUUUCACCAGAUCAAAAUACAACAGCAUUUAAAGAGGUAGCGAUUAUUAGCCAUCCCCGUGUUGGAGAAUAUGCAUUUGGAUUCAUAACAUCAACCAUGGUUCUUCAGACAGACAAAGGUGAUGAAGAACUGUGUAGUGUUUAUGUGCCUACGAAUCAUUUAUAUAUCGGUGACAUCUUUUUGGUAAACUCUGCCGAAAUUAUAAGGCCCAAUUUGUCCAUUCGAGAAGGCAUAGAAAUAAUUGUUUCGGGAGGAAUGACUAUGCCACAGGUGAUCACGUCACUUGAACCAACUCCUUGCAAGAGCCAGAACAUCCGAUUAGACAGAGUGAUGACUGUAUGAGGCAUGAAACUAGGGUUGAUUGUGGAGAGGCGAGUGCCAAUACCUAUGAUCAGUUUUGGAUUAGAAGCUGGGGCACGGAGCAAUUCAGAAUGCAAAAGUGUGGCACCAGAUACAUGGCAACCAGAAAUGUGAUCGUCCUGCACUGCCUUGUGUUGUGCAUUUCAUUGGUCGGUGGCAUGAACAUUGCAGCUUCGGUUGCGAAGAUUUAAGUUGUUUAAGUGAUGCUCCAGCCGCGUGGCCUUUGCCUGAUUCAAGUUGUAUCAACCAGUGUUCACUUUUGUAUAUACAAAAUUUCCUAUACUAAGAGCUGCCGAAAUCACGAAUUCUUGUA